GCGCGGCUAGUCAUGUGACUUUCUUCUUCCAUAGGCGGCUCACUGGGCAGAGAGAGGAGAUGGGGACUGUGCUGGAUAUCAAGAUCAAGAGGGCCAAUAAAAUCUACAGGGAGGGGGAGGUCUUGUCGGGAGUUGUGGUGGUGAUGAGUAAGGACAACGUGCAGCAUCAAGGCAUCUCCCUGACCAUGGAGGGAUCUGUUAAUCUGCAGCUCAGCGCCAAGAGUGUCGGUGUGUUUGAAGCCUUCUACAAUUCGGUGAAGCCAAUUCAAGUCAUCAGCAACACCGUAGAGAUGGUGAAGCCGGGAAAACUUCCCAGCGGCAAAAUCGAAAUUCCCUUCGAGUUCCCCCUGGUGAUAAAGAGCAAUAAGGUCUUGUAUGAGACGUACCACGGGGUGUUCGUCAACAUCCAGUACUCCCUCCGCUGUGAUAUGAAGCGAUCUCUGCUGGCAAAAGACUUGACGAAAACAUGCGAGUUUAUCAUCCACUCCCAGCCUCAGAAGACAAAGCUGAGCCCGAGUCCUGUGGAUUUCACAAUCACACCCGAAACAUUACAGAACGUGAAAGAGAGGGCCUCUCUGCCGCGGUUUCUCAUCCGCGGUCACCUGGACUCCACCAACUGCCUCAUCACACAGCCUCUGACGGGGGAGCUGAUCGUGGAGACAUCGGAGGUAGCCCUCAAGAGUAUUGAGCUGCAGCUGGUACGAGUUGAGACUUGUGGCUGUGCAGAAGGCUAUGCCAGAGAUGCCACAGAGAUCCAAAAUAUCCAGAUAGCAGAGGGUGAUGUGUGCAGAGGUCUCACGAUCCCCAUCUACAUGAUAUUCCCCAGACUGUUCACAUGCCCAACCUUGGAGACCACCAACUUCAAAAUAGAAUUUGAAGUGAAUAUAGUCGUGGUUCUCCAGGACGACCAUCUUAUUACAGAGAACUUCCCGCUCAAGCUGUGCCGAGUGUGACAUGGGCAUCUUAUACGGACAUCAUCUGAUCACUUUGAGAGAU